AUGUGGUCUCGGCCGUUGGCUACCCUCAUCUUUUUGAGCUCAGUUGCUUUCGGUCAAGAUCUUCCAGGACCAGGGGAGCCCGCUCUAACGUAUGCCGAUGGCUCCUUCACCGAACCGAGAGGGUCGCAGUCGACAUACAGAGUCGGGUCGACGAUGAACGUUAGCUGGGAUACGACUUACGAUACCUCGAACCUUUGGUUAAUCAUCGGAUGGAGCUUUAAUUCGCCCAUCCAGCUUGCAUCCAACCUGGGACAGACCUGGUAUGAAUGGGAGGUAGCCACCGACUCGACUAACUCGUCGGAAAUAUACGGUUUCCGAGUAGUCAACGCAACGGGCUCGACAGAUUCGCAGAAGAGUGGUGGCUUUUUAAGCGCGGCCUUUUUAAUAGAUGGUUUAGCCGUCACCUCCUCAUCCACAGCCACCGCAAGCGCAACCCGUAUAUCAACAUCUGCUUCAGCCCCCGUAGCGACGACUGACGCGGCAACGACUACUUCCGCAGGCGCGUCUGUGACUAGCGAAAGCGGAACGUCGCAGUCAGGUCUGACGCAAAGUGGAAAAAUUGGUCUCGGCGUAGGAGUCGGCGUCGGUGCCGUGGGCAUCGCAGCCCUAGUCGCGGGCGUGAUACUGUACCGGCGAUCGCAGAACAGCAAAACGCAGGCGGGCGAUAACAUGGAGCCGUACUCGCAAACACCGCAAACAUUCCCCUCCACGCCACAGACCUAUGUUGGCUCUCCUGCCCCCCAACCAUAUGAGUAUUAUAAACCGAUGGGGCCGUCGGAAAUGGAGGCGACCGGGAGAGGCGCAGAGUUAGAUGCAGGACAGGGGCACGGAUUCACGUCGGAAGUGUACUCGGAGGGUGGGCGGCCAAGACCGAACCAGCAUGCUGCGGAGCUUCAGGGAUGA